UCAUUCCUUCUCCCUCUUAAAUUUCAUUCCUUUCUUUGAACUCACGAACAUGGCACCACAUCUUUCUCCGUUUUCAUCGCUUCUCUUUUUAAUAAAAAUCCAAUUUUUAAAUCAUUAAUUACAUUCAUAGAUCCUUUUGACCCCCAAAACAGACAAAUCAAAUAAACAUGAAAAACCCCACUACUCCAUUUUUUCUGUGUUCACUUUAUAUCAAGACUCAAGUUUUUGCCUUAUAAUCUGUAUCUUUUUGCUUAUCUUGUUUAAUUUUACAAUACCCUUUUGCCUUCUGUUUCAAUUUUUUCCUCUCACUUUCUAUCAAGACUCUGUUUUUUUGCUCACUUUCUAUAUAUCAAGACUCAAUUUUUAUACUUAUAAUCUGGUUUUUUGGCAUAUUUUGUUUAAUUAUCAAAUACCCUUUUGCCUUCUGUUUCAAUUUUUCUUGUUAACUUUCUGAAGGCUCAAUUUUUUUGUUCACUUUCAAUCAAGACUCAAUUUUUUGCUCACUUUCUAUAUAUAAAGACUCAAUUUUUAUCUGAUUUUUUGGCAUAUUUUGUUGAAUGAUCAUAUACCCUUUUGCCUUCUGGUUCAUAUUUAUGCUUUGAUGAGGCUAUUUCACAGUUCACACUACUACAUUUUUUUUUUCAUUUUCUCUAUAUAAAGACUCAAUUUUUAUCCUUAUAAAAACUGAGUCGUUUUACAUAUUUUGAUUAAUAAUCCAAUACCCUUUUGGCUUCUGUUUCAUACUUAUAUGCUUUGAUGAGGAGAUUUCGACGAUGUACGAGGAUUUCUAUCCUCUCUUUGCUUGCUAUAUCAGUGUUGACUCCUAUUUUUCUGCUUUCUUUUAGGCUCAAAAACCUCAACUCUGAUGUAUCAAGAGAUUUUGUUGAAGACUUAUCAAUUCUUAAGCAUAGAAUAGAGGCUCAAGCAAAUAGUGCAGUUAAACUGGAAGAAGUUGUAGGCCUAAAAGAACCAACAUUGGUUGUGUACAGAGAUGGAGAGCAUAGCUCUACAGUCAGUUCAGGAACCACAUAUGGUGGCGAAGAAAAAAAUCAACAAAAUCUAUCUGAGCAAAAAGUGUCCUCAUCAAGAGAAAAGGAGAAGUCCAGACCAAAAGGGGUUCAACAAAGUCAGGGUGUACAGGCCCAUUCGCGGAGGUCAUUAGAUGAGAAGGUAAAAGAGAUGAAAGAUCAGGUGAUUAGGGCCAAAGUAUACUUGAGUUUUGCCCCGCCAGGUAGCAACUCUCAUUUUGUGAAAGAGUUAAAGCUACGAAUUAAAGAGCUAGAACGAGCUAUGGGUGAUGUUACAAAAGAUUCUCGUUUGUCAAGGAGGGCAACACAGAAGAUGAAAGCCAUGGACUCGACGCUGCUGAAAGCGAGCAGAAUGUACCCUGAUUGCUCAGCUAUGGUGAAGACACUUCGUGCCAUGAUGUAUAAUGCUGAAGAACAGCUUCGAUCACAAAGGCAUCAAACUUCCUUCCUUGUACAGCUUGCUGCAAGAACUGCUCCGAAAGGCCUUCAUUGCCUUUCCAUGCGUUUGACCACUGAAUAUUUUGCCCUGCAGCCUGAGGAGCGGGAGCUUCCUAACCAACAUAAAUUCCAGAAUCCAGAUUUCUAUCACUUUGCUGUCUUCUCAGACAAUGUUUUGGCAUGUUCUGUGGUUGUCAAUUCAACUGUUUCAACUGCUAAGGAUCCAGAGAGAAUCGUCUUUCAUAUAGUGACUGAUUCUGUUAACCUGCCAGCCAUGACAAUGUGGUUCUUGAUGAAUCCUCCCGGCAAAGCUACAAUUCAAAUUCAGAGCAUAGAUAGUUUUGAAUGGUUACCAACCAAAUACAACGAGGAUAUGAAGAAGCAAAAGGGCCUUGAUCCAAGAUACGCUUCUGCAUUGAACCACUUGCGCUUUUAUCUGCCUGAUAUUUUUCAUUCCCUGGACAAGAUUGUGUUCCUCGACCAUGACGUGGUUGUGCAAAAGGAUUUAACCAGACUUUGGGACAUCAACAUUAAAGGUAAAGUGAACGGUGCAGUGGAGACUUGUCGUGAAGGUGAGCCUUCAUUCCGCCGAAUGGAUAUGUUCAUCAAUUUCACAGACCCCUUGGUGGCAAAUGGUUUUAAUGCAAAUACAUGCACAUGGGCAUUCGGGAUGAAUAUAUUUGAUCUACAAGAGUGGAGGAAACGAAACCUAACUGCACGAUAUCACGAUUACUUGGAGCUGGGAAGUAAGAGACAAUUACUGAAAGCUGGUAGUUUGCCAAUUGGUUGGAUGACUUUUUACAAACACACACAUCCUCUAGAUAGGCAAUGGCAUCUCCUCGGAUUGGGGCAUGACUCUGGCGUCGCACAAGCUGAAAUUGAGCAGGCGGCAGUGAUUCAUUAUGAUGGAGUUAUGAAACCAUGGUUAGAUAUUGGGAUACAAAAGUACAAGCCAUCUUGGACAAAGCAUGUUAGCUAUGAACAUCCAUAUCUGCAACAGUGCAAUUUACACUAGUAGUAAUCUUGAUCCUAGAGGUGUAGUUUGAGUUAUUCCACUUCACUAUGAUUAUUCUUUUCUUCACAGUGUAGGAGCCACUUACAUCCACCUUGGCGCAAUGGUAACAAGUUCUAGCCGUGUGACCAGGAAGUCAUGGAUUCAAGCUCUGAAAACAUACUCUUGUACAAAAUGCAUGGUCAGGUUGCGUACAACAGAUCCUAUGCAGUAUGGCCUUUUCCAGGAUACGUGCAUAGCGAGAGCUUAGUGCACCGAGCUGCCUCUUUUAGUGUAGGGACCACUCCUGUUAACCUGAUUCUUUCCAUAUUGAUCCACUAUAUAUUCUUCCUU